CUCCGAAGCGAGCUAGCGAACCUAUCCAGCAGCAACGUUAGUCAUCUCGCUAGGAAAAUAACAUCGGACAGAUAGCACCGAAUGCAGUGGAAGCCCUUGUGGUGGAGAAUGAAGCAUUGCUAUAAUGGGUUUAUGUGACAUAUACGGAACUGUAAAAUAUUUUUCUGUCACCGUAUUCUGAUUAUUGAUCUAAACGUCAUUAGCCUGCAAAUCCUGCUGGUUUCCUAUGGUGUUCUAGUCCUUUCGCGUGGAUCUUCGAAGGAAGAGAGAAUAAGUGGAAUAAGUCGGGCGUGAAACCCCCACAGCCGCAACCAUGUCUGGGGCCUCCGUGAAAGUGGCGGUGAGAGUCCGCCCCUUCAACACGAGGGAGACCAGUAAAGACUCAAACUGCAUCAUUCAGAUGCAAGGGAAAACCACCACUAUCCAGAACCCCAAGAACCCCAAAGAGGCUCUAAAGUCAUUCAACUUCGACUACUCCUACUGGUCACACACCUCUCCGGAUGACCCCAGCUUCGCCUCCCAGUGUCAGGUGUACAAUGACAUCGGUAAGGAGAUGCUGCAGCAUGCCUUCGAGGGCUACAACGUCUGCAUCUUCGCAUACGGCCAGACAGGCGCUGGCAAGUCCUACACCAUGAUGGGCAAACAGGAGGAGGGACAGGAAGGCAUCAUACCUCUGCUCUGCGAAGAACUCUUCGAGAAAAUCAAUGACAACAACAACGGGGACAUCUCCUACUCAGUUGAGGUGAGCUACAUGGAGAUCUACUGUGAGCGGGUCAGGGACCUGCUGAACCCGAAGAACAAGGGCAACCUGCGGGUGAGGGAGCAUCCUCUGCUGGGGCCCUACGUGGAGGACCUGUCCAAGCUGGCCGUCACCUCCUACACAGACAUCGCCGACCUCAUGGACGCCGGAAACAAGGCCAGGACGGUGGCUGCCACCAACAUGAACGAGACCAGCAGUCGCUCACACGCCGUCUUCACCAUCGUCUUCACGCAGAGGAAGCACGACAACGAGACCGACCUUUCCACCGAAAAGGUCAGCAAAAUCAGCCUCGUGGACUUGGCAGGCAGCGAGCGUGCUGACUCCACAGGAGCCAAGGGGACACGGCUAAAGGAGGGAGCCAACAUCAACAAAUCCCUGACCACGCUGGGGAAGGUUAUCUCUGCUCUGGCCGAAGUGGAUAACUGUACCAGCAAGAGCAAGAAGAAGAAGAAGUCUGAUUUCAUCCCAUACAGAGACUCUGUGCUGACAUGGCUACUGAGAGAGAACUUGGGUGGAAACUCCAGAACUGCUAUGGUGGCAGCCCUCAGUCCCGCUGACAUCAACUACGAUGAAACUCUCAGUACCCUCCGCUAUGCGGAUCGCGCCAAACAGAUCAAGUGCAAUGCCGUCAUCAACGAGGACCCCAACGCCAAGCUGGUGCGCGAGCUCAAGGAUGAGGUCACGCGCCUCAAGGAUCUGCUGCGUGCCCAGGGCCUGGGAGACAUCCUGGACAGUGACAAUGUUAAGUCCCUGCUGAUUUCUCAAAUGGAGGCAUUGAACAACAAAAGGACAGCCCCUAUUGGCUCCCUGACAGCGUCCCCGUCGCUAGGCUCGCUGAGCAGCCAGCUGGGCCUGACAUCCGUCUCCAGCAUCCAGGAACGCAUCAUGUCCACGCCGGGCGGAGAGGAGGCCAUCGAGCGCCUCAAGGAGUCAGAGAAAAUCAUCGCCGAGCUUAAUGAAACCUGGGAGGAGAAGCUUCGCAAAACGGAAUCCAUCCGCAUGGAGAGGGAGGCCCUGCUGGCAGAAAUGGGUGUGGCAAUUCGAGAGGAUGGAGGGACGCUUGGCGUAUUCUCACCCAAAAAGACGCCUCACCUGGUCAACCUGAACGAGGACCCGCUCAUGUCUGAGUGUCUGCUGUACUACAUCAAAGACGGCAUCACAAGGGUGGGCCAGGCCGAUGCAGAGAGGCGGCAGGACAUUGUUCUGAGUGGAGCCCACAUCAAGGAGGAGCACUGCAUCUUCUGCAGUGAGAGGAAUGGCAAUGGAGAUGUGAUCGUCACGCUGGUGCCUUGUGAGGGAUCUGAGACGUACGUCAACGGCAAGCGCGUCACCGAUGCAGUGCAGCUGCGUUCAGGAAACCGCAUCAUCAUGGGGAAGAACCACGUGUUCCGCUUCAACCACCCCGAGCAGGCGCGUGCUGAGCGGGAGAAGACCCCGUCUGCAGAGACCCCCGUGGAGCCCGUGGACUGGACCUUCGCCCAGAGGGAGCUGUUGGAGAAGCAGGGCAUUGACAUGAAGCAGGAGAUGGAGAAGAGAUUGACUGAAAUGGAGAUCUUGUAUAAGAAGGAGAAGGAAGAAGCAGACCAACUUCUUGAGCAACAGAGACUGGUGUAUGAGAGCAAGCUACAGGAGCUUCAGAAACAGGUAGAGACUCGCUCACUGGCCGCAGAAACGCCCGACGAGGAGGAGGAAGAGGAAGAAGAAGAGGAAGUGCCGUGGACUGAGCGUGAAUUUGAGAUGGCCCAGUGGGCCUUCAGGAAAUGGCGCUACCACCAGUUCACCUCCCUGCGAGACCAGCUGUGGGGCAACGCCGUGUACCUGAAGGAGGCCAAUGCCAUCAGUGUGGAGCUCAAGAAGAAGGUGCAGUUCCAGUUUGUUCUGCUGACGGACACGCUGUACUCUCCGCUGCCCCCUGAGUUGUUGCCCCCUGAGCCGGAGAAGGAUCGCGACCCGCGGCCGUUCCCGCGCACCGUGGUGGCAGUGGAGGUGCAGGACCUGAAGAAUGGGGCCACACACUACUGGUCCCUGGAGAAACUCAAGCAGCGGCUGGAGCAGAUGCGUCAGAUGUACGACCGGGCGGGCGAGAUGGCCUCCACCAAUCAGGGCGCGGAGGAGGGCGGCGAGGGCCCACUCACGGGCAGCGACCCCUUCUACGACCGCUUCCAUUGGUUCAAGCUGGUGGGCAGCAGCUCCCCCAUAUUCCACGGCUGCGUGAACGAGCACCUCGCGGACCGUACCCCGUCGCCCACCUUCUCCACGGCCGACUCGGACAUCACGGAGCUGGCGGACGAGCGGCAGAGCGAAAUGGAGGACUUCAUGGACGACGAGGCCUUUGUGGACGACACAAGCUCAGACGCGGGCACCGAGGAGGGAUCGGACCUCUUCAGCGACGGCCAGGACCCUUUCUAUGACCGCUCCCCCUGGUUCACCCUGGUGGGAAGGGCCUUUGUGUACCUGAGCAACCUGCUCUACUCAGUCCCCCUGGUGCACCGCGUUGCCAUAGUGACGGAGAAGGGCGAGGUGCGAGGCUUCCUGCGCGUCGGAGUGCAGGCCAUCGCAGCUGAUGAAGAAGCUCCAGACUAUGGCUCAGGAGUCCGGCAGUCUGGAACUGCCAAGAUCUCCUUUGAUGAUGAGUACUUCAAGCAGGCUGAUUUCUCCACCUCCGCCAUGACUCGCUCCGGCCUCUCCUUGGAGGAGUUGCGCAUCGUGGAGGGCCAAGGCCAGAGUUCAGAGGUCAUCACCCCCUCUGAGGAGAUGAACAGGAUGAAUGAGAUGGACCUGAAGCUGGGUGGUGUGGAGGGGAAGCUGGUGCAUGGUGGCGAGGGCCUGGCUGGCCAGUUGGAGGUGGGCAGCAUCUUCACCUUCAGGGUCACCGUGCUGCAGGCCAGUGGCAUCCUGCCCGAGUACGCUGACAUCUUCUGCCAGUUCAACUUCCUUCAUCGCCAUGACGAGGCGUUCUCCACAGAGCCCCUGAAGAACACGGGUAGAGGCACCCCACUAGGCUUCUUCCACGUACAGAAUAUUUCUGUGGAGGUAACAGAGUCCUUCAUUGAGUACAUCAAGACCAAGCCCAUCGUGUUCGAGGUGUUUGGCCACUAUCAGCAGCAUCCGCUGCACUUCCACGGCCAGGACCUGGCCAUCAGCCCCAGUCAGCCUUCCAGGAAGUAUUACCCCCCACCCAUGCCUCUGUCCAAACCAGUGCCGGCUACCAAGUUGAACACCAUUGCCAAGUCCUACCUGGGCCAGUGUGUCAGCAAGUACGACCUGCUGGUGUGGUUCGAGAUCAGCGAACUGGAGCCCACUGGAGAGUACAUCCCUGCUGUAGUGGACCACUCAGGUGGCUUGCCUUGCCAUGGAACCUACCUGCUGCACCAGGGUAUCCAGCGUAGAAUCACAGUCACCCUUAUCCACGAGAAGGGCAGUGAACUGCACUGGAAGGAUGUCAGGGAAUUGGUUGUUGGUCGAAUCAGGAGCAAGCCAGAGGUGGACGACACUGCUGCCGACGCAGUCCUGUCACUCAACAUCAUCUCCGCCAAAAACAUCAAGUCCUCUCACAACUCCAACAGAACCUUCUACCGCUUUGAGGCGGUGUGGGACAGCUCUCUGCACAACUCCCUGCUGCUGAACCGUGUCACUCCAUACGGGGAGAAGAUCUACAUGACCCUGUCCGCCUACCUGGAGCUUGACCACUGCAUCCAGCCAGCCAUCAUUACCAAAGACAUCUGUAUGGUGUUCUACUCCCGAGAUGCCAAAAUCUCCCCUCCCCGCUCGCUGCGCAACCUCUUUGGCACCGGCUACUCCAAGACUCCAGACUGCAAUCGUGUGACUGGUAUCUAUGAGCUGAGCCUGUGCAAGAUGUCAGAUACGGGAAGCCCAGGUAUGCAGCGGAGGAGACGGAAGGUUCUGGACACGUCGGUGGCGUAUGUGCGCGGGGAGGAGAACCUGGCCGGGUGGAGGCCUCGCGGGGACAGCCUGAUCCUGGAGCACCAGUGGGAGCUGGAGAAGCUGGAACAGCUGCACGAGGUGGAGAAGACGCGCCACCUGCUGCUCCUGCGUGAGAAGCUGGCCGAGACAGCGGCCCACAAGUCCCCUCUGAGCGAGCCGCUCUCGCCCACCAUGAGCAGCGGCUCCCUCAGCACCUCCACCAGCAUCUCCUCGCAGAUCUCCAGCACCACCUUCGAGAGCGCCAUCACGCCGAGCGAGAGCAGCGGCUACGACUCGGCCGACAUCGAGAGCCUGGUGGACCGCGAGAAGGAGCUGGCCACCAAGUGCCUCCGCCUCAUGACCCACACCUACAACAGUGAAUACAACCAGGUGUGCAACAGCAUCAGUGACUGCAAGCUAUCGGACAUCUCUCCGAUGGGUCGUGACCCCUCUGUGACCAGCUUCAGCAGUGCCACCCUCACCCCUUCCUCCACCUGUCCCUCGCUCUCCGGCUCCAUGGAUCAGAAGACCCCUGAGGCCAACUCGCGUGCCUCCAGUCCCGGCUGCUCGGACUAUGAGAACUUCCCCAUGGUGCCCACCCUGGAGACAUCCUACUUGGCCCGUGCCGGCAAGCACGAGUUCCUCAACCUGGUGCCCAACAUCGAGGAGAUGAGGCCAGGGUCGGUGGUGUCUAAGAAGGGUUUCCUAAGCUUCAUGGAGCCGCGCUCCAACUCGUGGGUGAAGCACUUUGUGGUGGUGCGCCGACCCUACGUCUUCAUCUACAACAGCGACAAGGACCCAGUGGAGAGGGGCGUGCUCAACCUGUCCACAGCCCAGGUGGAGUACAGCGAGGACCAGCAGGCCAUGCUCAAGACGCCCAACACGUUUGCUGUGUGCACCAAGCACAGAGGGAUCCUGCUGCAGGCCAACAAUGACAAAGACAUGAACGACUGGCUGUACGCCUUCAACCCACUGCUGGCAGGAACAAUAAGGUCAAAGUUGGCGAGGAGGCGCAGUGGCUUGAUGAAGAACUAGCUGGCCUCCUCAGAGAGUCCACCUCUUCUACUGGCUGGCCUUUCAACCCGACAAAGUGUUAACACUUAUUAAUCUUUGUGAUUAUUGACGUUUUUUUCUCUCUUGUACCUGUGGCUUAAGUCUCUUCUCCAGCAAAAUGAACUUUAUUUUGAAGUUCUAACCUGCUUCAUUGUCCUCCUCCCACCACCUCACUCUCCCCGCCAUCACCCUUUUCUCCUCUAAAUAUCUCUCUCCCAGUUGAUCAUAUGUUUUCGUUCAGUUUUGGUCCUGCCCUUCCCGUCCCGUCCUGAUGUUUACCCACCCCUUUAACGUCACAUCCUUUGUCAUAACAGAAAAAAAGAAAACCUUCUAGCUAGUAGCAUGUUGGUAGUAGUCUAUUUGUGUGUGCACGGUUCAACAGAUCAGACUUUCUCUUCGCUCUUGUUCUUUUUUUUUGAAAACAUGUGUAGAGAUCGUUCUCCAUCAGUGUUACCCAUCAGGCAGGUUCCAGAUGUCUGGCCGCAUGGACAAGGCAGCAGUGCUCAGGGUGGAAGACUAGGUUUGCUUUUUAAAAAAAAAUAUAGAAAUACAAAUACCAAGGGCACUACCAGUACCUGCCAACAUCCUCAUUCAUUACCGAUAAGAAGCGUUUAGAAGAAGAAGAAAAAAAUAUCCACAAUAAGAAUGACAUUAAUAAAUAAUAAUUCUAAAAAUGAGAGGGCGAAUCCUCUCGCCCAAAUGAAAAAAAAAUGUUGGCUUUAAAAAAAAAAAAGUUGCUGCUAGUGAUAUUGAGGAGAGCUCAUGAAACCUAGCUUUUACAUCAUCUAAAUAGACACGCUGAUUAAGAAGCUGUAACGGGACUUCUGUCUUUCUCUCCGAUGUUACUGCAACGUUGGACAUGCUAUGCUAUACAAGCCUCUCAUGUGACAUACUGUAGGUACAGUAGUUUCCCUGUUCCUCUCUCCCUAGUCUGUGUACAUAGAUGGAGAAAGGUAGACCACUGAGUGUUUUCUGAGGGACAACAAGGAGGGUUUGUAAGUUAGUCACCAUCAUACCAUCUUUUCCCCAGUUGUCACCAAACGGUUGUCCUCCUCCUAGCCCAUUCAGUGUAGCUGAGCAUUUCUUAAACCCCCAGCCCAGCGCCCAGGUUUUAUCUGCUGUGUGCUCGACCAUUGUAGGCAUUUUGACUGGCAUUAGAUAGCAAAGACACCGCAGACAUGCAGAAGAACAAAGAAGAAAAAGACGGUGAAGGGAAUGUCAUUUGUACAUACUUUUCAGGAUUACUGUGCUUUAACCACUUACUUAUACAGACCAGACAUUCCUUUUGCACUUAUACGUUUUAUUCCUUAUAGUGAACUAUUCCUGCUAGUGGAUAAUUCAAAUGGGAAUCAAAGUAGCUCAUCCAUUUGCCGUAAAUAUAAGGACUUGACACUCAAAGAGUUAUAGAUGGCAGUGGCAAAACAUUUCUUUAAAAAAAGAUCUUAGGAACACAAGUGGUGAGAUAACAAGGUUAAGUGACCUGAUGACUUUAUCAUGCAGUUAUAACUUCUCCGAACAUCAUGUUAACCUUGUAGUCGGGCUGUUAGAGAUUCCCUGUUGGCUUGCGCUAUGCCCUGGCCAUAGUUAACAUCUCCAAGUCUUAAUCCCCACCCAGGGAUCGUUGACCAGGGGCACCAGGCCAGAUCUCCAGCUUUCCUUUAAAGUAUACAUGCGUACAUGCCAAGCCACAUGGCUUUCAAGUCAAUUCCUGAAUUUAUAAGCAUCCUUGAAACUUAUCCUUGUAUUUCCUUAUUGUACUCAUACUCCUUUAAUUUAUUUUUUUAUUAACACCAUUGUUUUAUACUUGCCACUCAUUCAACAAAGUAACCUGCAAUGGAAAAAAACAUAUGUGAGAAGAAGGGCAUUUUUGUUCCUUUUUAUCUAGUGAUAUAUUUAAUGUUUGUUUUGCACAUUUAAAUGCUCAUUUAGCAAGCAUAUAAUGAAGAAACGGGAGAUUCAGGUGGUCACGGGCACUGUCUGUUAUAAUGAAUGCGAUUUCUUUUGGAAGUCGACCUUGCAAAGAAGCCUAUAUGCUAACUCUACUGUAGAGUGUCUAGUGUUUGCAGAGUGGUGUUGAGAGAAAAGGGAUGAACUAAAUGCUCUGAGCUUAUUAUUAUUGUCAUUGUUGUUAUUAUUAUUUUGUCUGGAAGUUCUUUUGCUCUGAGUGCCAUGUGGACCAAGCACCUGGUGCUUUAUCUUAGUAGUUCUCAAGUGGUUCUUCUUUGCUCUGUCGCGUGAGGGAUGGUUUUUCAUGAGAACUGCAGACGGAGGUUGCAGGCCUCUGGCCAACCAACCAGUAGGACCUGCAUUACAACCUGACUAUCCUGAUUGGACGAGUAUCUAAUGGAACCAUCUCUUCAUGUGGCAGAUUAGGUAAAAUUGAACCACUCCUCAACCUGUAUGGGAGCAGGUUAAUUGGUAUGCAUUGACUAGUUCAUUGAAAUGUUUGCAGGUUUGCAUUCAUUUUUAACAGGCAAAAAAUAUGAAAACGGCUCGUUUGAUCAUAGGUCGAACAGCCUAAUGGACAAUCAAGCUGUUGGAUUUUUUUUCACAAUAUGUGAAAAUGUAUGCACCGAAAAUGAAUAUCUACUCUCACAUUGCAUAUCUGUAAAGUGUAAAAUGAUGUUCAUGUGGCAUCAAAGCAAAUUUAAUGACGAACAUUAUUUCCAUGAAAAGAGUUUGACAAUGCACCAGAGCAAAGAAUUUCAAGGGUUUCAAAUGGCUUGGGUUACUAAUGUAUAGAGUGCAUUUCAUCGACUGUAUUUAUUGUUUUGCAUUGUAUAUAUUAGUUUGCAGCUCUUUGCACAUAAUAAAUGGUUCUAACUAACGGAUCAAAACAAACCUGGACUUGUUUUCAGUCGUUUCUCCCAGAAGGAGUGGUUGAAUGGGGAAAGGGGGUGAGAGUGAGUUAUAGUGUGCUAUGUGCCCAGGUUUUGCCCUUGCAAACAACUGGGCUCUGAAUGUACUGAAAGUGUUGACCAGUUCAACAGUUUGUCACCAAAUAUAGAGUGGCAUGGGCUAAGAUUCCACCCCAGAAACUGGCUUAUCUUUUAACUAUUUUUUAUUUUUAUUAUUAUUAUUGCAAAUGCACUGCUUUUUAUCAUGGGAGCGUUUUCUGAUGCAAAUGGACGUAUUUCAAAGCAGACCGCUGGGGCAGCAGUCCAUAUCGUUCCACAGUACAAAACCUCUGGUCAGACUUGAUCUCUGCGCUUUAAUUGGAAAGGUGUUACAGGGAGUUCUAUUCUGUUAAAAUGUUUUGUAUUAUUUUACUAAUAUCAGGGAGUUCGUAACAUAUAAACUUUGCCUAAUUGUACACAUCAUCCUGCAGCUUUACGCAACUGUUACUACUUGUCUCAUUCCUCAUCACUAUCUCAGAUAAUGCCUUUGGAAGCAGAAGAAAAACAAUUUCCCUUUUAAAAAUGUUUUUUUGGGAACAGAGAAGAAAAGAAAAA